AUGGCUGAUCUUCAUCGAGAAUCUCUGUCGAAACUCACUGUGGCCGCAUUGAAAGACGAACUGUCGGCGAGGAAUUUGCCCACAUCAGGACUGAAAGAUGACUUGAUCGGACGUCUUCGAGAAGCUCUUGAAAGAGAGCAAAGUUGUGGUGGUAUAUCCGACAACGUUGGUGAAACCAAUGAGCAGAGUAAGAAAGCUGCGGAAGAAAAGCAGAAGGAAGAAUCCGCAUUGGAAGACAAAUUAACGCAACUUUUGUCAUUCAUGACAGAAAUGAAAGCUGGACAAGUUGAAAUGAAAACAGAAAUGAAAGCAGGACAAGUCGAAAUGAAAGCAGGACAAGCAGAAAUGAAAUCUGAGAUGAAGGAAAUUAAUAACGCCGUGAAGGUAGCCAAUGCUAAAGUAGAGGAAUUUGAAGGAAGAUUAGAAGAAAUGGAAAAGAAAUUUGAGAAAUUGAAGCAAGAAAUGGAAGUUCAAGUUACUGAAGAAUCAAGAGAGUCCUAUGAAACUCCUCAAGAAUUUGGAUUGGCUGCUGCAAAUCAAUCUCAAAAUGCUCGAUAUAUGCCUGUUGUCAACAGACCCUGUAUGAAAUUACUGCCGUAUGACGGACAAACAUCUUGGCAGGUGUAUAAGACGCAGUUCGCCAUUGUCGCAGAAGCUAAUGGCUGGGAUCCAAUUACCAAAGCUCGCCAAUUGGCUUCUUCUCUCCGAGCCUAA